AGGACACGCUGGAACUUGGUUGGUAAGAAUGGAACGGACGGUGAAACUUCGCUCCCAGGAACGAUUGCUUUCUCUCUUGAUCUUUUCCUUCGAUCCUUCGAUUACAGAUAUUGUCGUUCGCUUCGUUUGUCGCUGAGAGACGUCGACGUCAGAGAAAAAGGCUCAAGAGGGAUUCGGGGUGCUGAUUUCCGGAUCGCUUGCUCGCUGAGUAGAGAAGAAGAAGGCUGCUACGCCCCCGCCGUUGACUAUUGUCUACCAUCUACCGUCUACUGCAACUACGGCAAACCAAUUUCUGACAAGGUUUGGUUUUUGCGCAUUGCAGCGUCGAUCCCGCCCACCGUUGGAGCGUUGCGCCGGCACACGCGCUUGAGAGAUGGAGAAUGCCUACACCAAAACGCCGGGGGAGGCGCUGAAGCACUUCCAAGUCACGGAGCAUGCGGGGUUGUCGGAGCAGCAGGUACGGGCUGCGAGGGAGAAGUACGGGAGGAACGCACUUCCUGAGGAUCCCCCGACGCCGAUUUGGGAGCUCAUUCUCGAGCAGUUCAAGGACCAGUUGGUCUUGAUUUUGCUGGGAUCGGCGGCCGUGUCAUUUGUUUUGGCGUUGUUUGAGGGCGGAGAGGAUUGGACUGCUUUUGUGGAUCCUGCGGUUAUCCUCACGAUCCUGAUAUUGAACUCCGUAGUCGGCGUAUCGCAAGAAACCAGCGCCGAGAAGGCCAUCGCCGCCCUCCAGGAAUACUCCGCGAACGAGGCCAAGGUCAUACGGAAUGGGACGAUCCAGCGUAUAAAGGCGGAUGAGUUGGUACCUGGAGAUAUCGUGUCUGUGGCCGUGGGCGACCGGAUUCCCGCCGACUGCAGGAUCCUCUCCAUCCAGAGCAACAGCUUCAAUGUGGACCAAUCCAUCCUCACCGGGGAGUCUGAAAGCGUGCCCAAGGACGUCCGCGCAAUCAAGGACGUUGACGCCGUAAAGCAAGAUCAGGUCAAUAUGUUGUUCUCGGGUACAACGGUGGUGACGGGACAUGCGACUGCCUUGGUGGUGUUGACGGGGUCGAAUACCGCGAUUGGGGGUAUCCAUGAAAGCAUCACGGCGCAGAUUUCGCAGCCGACGCCCCUGAAGGAGAAGUUGAAUGAUUUCGGAGAUGUGUUGGCCAAGGUUAUUACGGGAAUCUGUAUACUGGUGUGGUUGAUCAAUAUUGGAAACUUCAGCGACCCGUCUCAUGGCGGGUUCGCGAAAGGUGCCAUCUAUUAUUUGAAGAUUGCCGUUUCUUUAGGUGUAGCCGCUAUCCCCGAAGGCCUGGCCGUCGUCAUCACCACAUGCUUGGCUUUGGGUACACGGAAAAUGGCCGCCAGGAACGCCGUGGUCCGCAGUCUCCCAUCUGUCGAGACCCUGGGAAGCUGCAGUGUCAUCUGCUCCGACAAGACCGGCACUCUGACGACCAACCAAAUGAGCGUCAACAAGAUCGUUUUCAUCAACGAUAGCGGUAACGGACUCGAGGAAAUUGAUGUUGAAGGCACCAGCUUUGCCCCUGAAGGCCAGAUCUCGUUGAAGGGAAAGCGCCUGGAGAACCUUGCGGCUAGGUCUGCGACUGUACAACAGAUGUGCGAAGUCAACGCGCUUUGCAACGACUCCAAGCUAGCGUGCGACUCGAAAACCGGCACUUAUAGCAUCAUUGGUGAGCCUACGGAGGGUGCUUUGCGUGUGUUGGUGGAGAAGGUCGGUACCCCUGAUUCCAGCCUCAAUGUCCGCAGGUCUUCAAUUCCUCCUGAACACCGCCUCCAUCACGCAAGCCAAUACUACGAAGAUCAUGCGCCGAGACUCGCGACCUACGAGUUUUCCCGCGACCGCAAGAGCAUGUCUGUGUUAGUCCAGAAACAACACGGAGCGAAACUUCUGGUCAAGGGCGCCCCUGAAUCAAUAGUCGAUCGCUGUACUCAUGUUAUCCUUGGUGAAGGCGGCAAGAAGGUCCCACUUUCGAAGCAACUGGCCUCUCUCAUCCUGCAAGAAGUCGUCGACUACGGCAAGAAGGGCCUUCGGGUCCUUGCCAUGGCCUCUGUCGAUGUCAACGGAAAUGAUGCCAUCUACAAGCAAGCUAAGACCACGAAGGAAUACGCCAAGUUGGAACAGAACAUGACGCUCCUUGGGCUCUGUGGCAUGUUGGAUCCUCCUCGCCCCGAAGUACGAGCUUCCAUCGCGAAGUGUCGUUCCGCUGGAAUCCGUGUAGUCGUCAUCACUGGUGACAACCGCAACACUGCCGAGACCAUAUGUCGCCAGAUCGGCGUCUUUGGUGAAGACGAGGAUCUGACCGGCAAGAGCUACACGGGCCGCGAAUUCGACGAUCUCAGCGAAUCCGAAAAGAUGGAGGCAGUCAAACGCGCCUCGCUCUUCUCCCGCACCGAACCUAGUCACAAGUCCAAACUCGUCGACCUCCUCCAGCAAGCCGGCGAGGUGGUCGCCAUGACAGGCGAUGGCGUGAACGACGCCCCUGCCCUCAAGAAGGCCGACAUUGGCGUAGCCAUGGGUUCCGGCACCGAUGUCGCCAAACUUGCCGCCGACAUGGUCCUCAUUGACGACAACUUCGCGACCAUUGAAGGCGCCGUCGAGGAAGGCCGCUCCAUAUACAACAACACGCAGCAAUUCAUCCGGUACCUCAUCUCGUCCAACAUCGGAGAGGUCGUUUCCAUCUUCCUGACAGCUGCCAUCGGCAUGCCUGAAGCGCUUAUCCCCGUCCAACUCCUCUGGGUGAACCUCGUAACCGACGGUCUUCCCGCAACAGCCUUGAGUUUCAAUCCCCCAGACCACGACGUCAUGAAGCGCCAGCCGCGGAAGCGCGACGAAGCUCUCGUAGACGGCUGGCUCUUCUUCCGCUACAUGGUGAUUGGUACGUACGUGGGCGUCGCGACCGUCGCAGGAUACGCGUGGUGGUUCAUGUACAACCCCUUUGGACCGCAAAUCUCCUUCUACCAACUCACGCACUUCCACCGCUGCUCGUCCCAGUUCCCGGAAAUCGGGUGCGCCAUGUUCUCGAAUGACAUGGCCAAGAGCGCGAGCACCGUCAGCUUGAGCAUCUUGGUGGUCAUCGAGAUGCUGAAUGCCAUGAAUGCGCUCAGCUCCAGUGAGAGUCUACUCACGCUCCCGCUGUGGGAGAACAUGAUGCUCGUGUAUGCCAUUUGUCUGUCCAUGGCGCUGCAUUUUGCGCUGCUGUAUGUGCCGUUUUUGCGCGCCUUGUUUGGGGUUACGCCCCUGGGUGCUUUGGAGUGGAAGGCUGUGGUGGCGAUUAGUGCGCCGAUUAUGUGAGUUUAUAUCCCUUUCCCUUGUUUUUGUUGUACUUCUAUGUCAAAUGGAUUGCUGACGGAUGGUGCAGUGGCAUUGAUGAGGUGCUCAAGUUCAUUGAGCGUAGAUUCUUCCAGCGCACUGCCGAGGGAGGGGGAAGGGGCCAAUAUGCGCUUGGUGCGAAUGGGAAGACGGUGAGGCCCAAGAAGGAGUAAGGAUAGGAACAAGAGUAGGAAUGUAAGUACCAAGGGUGGACUCAU